AUGGCUGCAGAGGCGACCACCGGGCCUCCGCCGCCAGUGUUAGGGGCAGAGGGAGGAGAUGGAGAGAAGCCAUCACUGAAGGACCAGGGCAAUGAGUUCUUCAAAGCGGAGAAUUAUCUCAAAGCCGCAGCCUUGUACACACAGGCCAUCAAGUCGGAACCCUCUAACGCUGCCCUCUACAGGUAAGCUGUCUUCCUCGUUAUCUUCUGUUUGACGGGUAUUCAUUUCAUAUGCCUUGUUUCCCUUAUUCUAUUUCCUUGAAGUGUUGGGUUUCUCUUCAGAAGGGUAUGCCUCUAAGGUUGAGCAAUAGUCUUGCUUUUCUUGCCUGCCUUAAUUUCCACCUAAUCGUGUAUUCGGAUAACUCUGCAAAGACUCCUCCAGCGUUCUUCUUCCGAGGUCUCUUGAAGUGACCGGCGGUAUAGCUUCUUGUGGGACAGAACGGGGUGAUGAUCGAAAUCAUGGAGCUCCAUCCAUCGGAUUAAUCUAUGCUCACGGGGGUGAAGUAACGAGUAUGAGACUACAUAUGAUUCUCAAAGCUCAGUAGACAAGAAUUUGCGAUUGCGGAAAGAGAAACCGGAAUGCGAUUUUGAAAAGACACUGAAUCUGAUUGCUCGCUAGUUCACAACCUACGACUGUAGACUAAUGUCUCCGCCUUUUGGAUUCAUCAUGCUCACAGCUAGAAGUAAACUCUACGCUUUCUUGAUAAAGGACUGGAACGUGAAAAUUUCUGAUACUUUACCUCAGUCAAAUAGUGGGGGGGGGGGGGGGGGGGUAAGCACUUUCAAUAGUUGUCUUUAUUCCCCAACUACGAGUAAUCUCACUGCCGUACCCUGGACUGCACAAGGUUGGACUUACCCACAGCACAUUAAUUGAGUUUUUGAUAGGGAACGAGGCAAAAAGAAACCUUUUGAAUUAUUUCUAAAGAGGAAACUACUGAAAGUCCUCAUGGAAAUGAGAUAUAACCCAUUUAGUUUAGUGAGCCAAAGGUGACAUAAAUUUUUGGGGAGCUCGUCAUUUAGUUAUUUUCAGCAGAAGCUUGUAGCCAAAUGGGCUUUGUAUGUCUGCAAGGUGGAUCCACCCAACCCAGCAAGUGUAAGUAGUUUUUUUUCUGAAAGGGUGUAUCCCCCCAUUUGUCAGAAAGCCCGUAACAUUUGGUGGGUGAAUCAUGUUCCUUCUAUUGGACGAAACCCCCUUUAGAUUUGGUGGGUCAAUCCACCCUUGGGUCAAAAUCCAUAAUGCCUCUUCCAACUUUUGACAGUUGACUUUAAGACCAGUUGUUUUCCCAUGAACUCUAGCAACUUUAUAGGAACAGACAAUUUCUGGUUCCAUAAUUUCUAGCAACAUUAUUUCAGCGCUCAGUUAGUGGAUAAUAAUGAAAUAAUUUGUCAGUAUGGUUUCUGUUUCUUUCUACUUUAUGGAGGCUUUUGUUUUCUUAUCUUUACUUUCUUUUGCUGUUGCUCCUCCAUUGUUUCCUCUUUCUUCUGGAGCUUUUGUGUGGACCAACUAAAGGUUAUGCUAGUGUAAGACUAGCAUCAAACUGGAGCAUCAAAUUGGAUAGAAGCAUACCUGACAAUAUGAUAGUGGGUGAUGGAUAUAUUGUGAUCAUCUUGGGGGUGCCUAGACGUUCUAUGCAUGCAUGAUUUUACCAGGAAGCAUGUGUUCAACAUACUUUUUCUAUAAGUUUAUUUUACGUUCAGAGAAAAGAGCAAUUAUUAAAGUCAAUAAAUGCUUUCGUAUGUAUCUAUUGUUGAAGAAACUUUUACUAGAGCAUCCAGGCUCGACCGAUUUUUUAAUUUGACUCUUGUUUCCGUCUUACUGGAUCUCCAUUUUCAGUUGUUCUGAAUAAAAGUGAAACAAAAUAGAUAUUACCCUUGGCAUGCACCUGAUGUCUCACUGUAGCUCGUGGGUGGUUCUGAGUCUCCAUGAACCUGGAAAUUGUAACUUUUGAGUUCUGACUGUUACUAUGUGAUUGAUGAUGCAUCUCUUUCCUUCAUAAUAUUUAUAGCAAUCGCUCUGCGGCAUUUCUGCAUUUGGUUAAGCUCAGUAAAGCCCUUGCAGAUGCUGAAACUACAAUUACUUUAAAACCACAGUGGGAGAAGGUACAUCAGAUAUUUUAUUUUUGGUUGCCUUUUAAAUGAACUUUUUGCCAUUUACGAGGUGUUUAUUCUUAAAAAAUAAGUAUAAUUAUGUGGGCUUGUCUAUGUCUUUGUAGGGUUAUUUCAGGAAAGGAUGUGUGCUGGAGGCAAUGGGCCGCUAUGAUGAUGUAGCUUCUUUUUUCUUGUUCUUUAUUUUAAUUAGUUGAGUCAUCUGUUAUUUCUUACUUAAGAAUUCCAUCCAACAUUUCCGUCUAUGCAAAGAACAAAAAUCGUACAAUGAACUUUUAUGACUAUAAGUUGUUAUGGUUGGGAUAUGACUUUGGCUUUCAAAGCUGAACACUGAACCAAAGAGGAAUUGUCUUUCCCAGGAGUAGUCAUUUGGCUUUUCUGUAGCUGGGUUCACCCUGAUGCCGAGUUUGAUUUAGUUAAGCAUCUGAGAUUGAUUCAUUUAUAGUUGUAAUUUAUUUUCUAUGUUAGACAUUUUCGGUUUAACAGUUAUUUUAAGAGUAGUUUGAUACCUGUUCUUAUGUAGACAUUUAUGCUUUAAUGCAAAGUAUUUAUGCAUCUUCAUUUACAUAAUUUUUUUUAAAAAAACGAUUAUAUCUCCUGAAAAAAAUUACUUUCCCUAAUCAUGAUCAUAAAUUUACUGACGGUAGGGAGUUGAAAUUACCUGUGAUAGAAGUUGGGAGUUGUUUUACUUCCAUUAGCUCAAAAAGAUAGUCACGAUGUUUAAGUAAUGGUCUAUACAGUGAGCAUUUAUAAGAUUCUUGCUCGCACAUAUCUACGUAUAUCUUUAUUCAGAUAAAUAUUUGAUUAGGUCCCAUGCAGUUGCUGUUUAGGGGCUUUAUAUAUGACUGGAUUUUACAUUACCCGUUCUGUUUGGACCAGAGUUAUCAAGUCCUGACCAUCAAAUUAACUUCUCUAGCCGGGGACAUAAGUGAGCCAUUUAUUUUUUGGGGUUAGAACACCCAUCACUGUUGUAUUCAAUUUCUGUAUUGCCUCUCAUAGGAUCUAUGGUUUGAAUUGGGUUUUUCGAGACAGCAUAUGUUGUGACCGACAGUUGAGUGCGUGAUGGAUGUGCAUCUUUUGCUCAGAAAUCAGUUUAAGAAGCAUCUUUCUUCUUUUUGCGAAUUAAAAAAAUCCAUUGAGCUUAUGUGUGUCUGCAUUUGUAAAAUAGUAAAUUCGAUGGCCACUUAAUAUCUUAGAAUCAGAGUCAAUUUAAGAUUGUCAUUCUGCUCUGAGUCCUGUUUAUACGAUUCAUUUGGGUUUAACGGUCUUCACUACCUAUUUGAGUUUGUAAGUUCCCCUAUAGUUUCUCUGACGAUUUGUGGUGAGAAGACUUUAUUCUUUAGUUCUCAACUAGGUUUAAUUUGCUCAAUCUUUUGAUUUCCUGACAACAAAAAAGCUAACUACUCUGUUCAAUAUAAAGCUCACAUAUACCUUCUUCUUAAUUUUGAUUUGAUGCUAAGUUUUUUUCAUUUCACCUUUUCGUUGUUUUCAUGAUCCAGGCUGUAGCUGCCCUGCAAAUCGCUUUGCAACACAAUCCACAGAGCACAGAGGUGUCAAGGAAAAUUAAGAGGCUCAUGCAAGUGGCCAAAGAACAUACUCGAACUCAGGAAUUAGAGAGCAUCAGAUCCAAUAUUGACAUGAGGAAAUAUCUUGAUCCCUUUAAAAAUGAACUAGUAAGUGAAUCAUAUUCAUCCAUAUUCCCUUAUAGCGUUGUAGUUGGUGACGAAGUUUCUUGCUCAAGCAUCUAUUAACUUAUGUACGUCACUGGCUUGUACUAUUUGGUUUGUGCAAAACAAGCUCUUAGAGAGUUCUAGUUGAGGAAAACUUGGAUUUUGAUGUUGCUUGCAUUGAAAAGUGCUAUCCAAAGGAAAUGGGUGGAACUUUUUAAUCUUGCAUGGAGUGACUCCGUUUGUAGAGCCAAUUAUAUAUUUCGAAGGCAUUGAACAAAGUAAAAAAUACAAAAAAACUCUGAAUGUUAUUCCUUGACUUUUAUUUGAUGUUGGUUGCCAGGUUAAUGUCCAUUUCAGAUAAGUUCAACAAAUAGUUCUGUAAUCAUGUUGUUUAGAGGAGCUGCAAAGAAGUCCCCUGAAGUGACAUAAUAUCGAUAAUUUUAUACUGUGUUCAUAGUAGGUGUUGGAAACAAUGGCAUGCCUAUUGAUGCUUCCUGCUCGUUUCUCAUCACAGAAAAUGCUAGCUGGGUAGGGUCGUUCUACGAUGUUCUCAAUCCCUCCUGCUAAGCCGUAACAGUUUCUCAAAGGGAGCUUCCCAGGGAGGUUUAAUUUGGCUUUUCUUUGAUGUGCCAUUUUUCUGAAAUGACCAGUAAUUUGCCAUUUUUACUGAGCAAGCUGCAUUGUCUGAGUUCAAAUGUUGCUCUCAGUGUCCAAAAAUCCUAAUUAUGAGCACCCUCUUUUGAGAAGGCUACAGUUUCCUAUAUGGCAUUUCUUCUGUCUUUUUUUUUAAACCGCAUAAUGAGAGUUUUCGUUUGAAUUGGAAUGAGAUAGUCAUUACUGUUCUCAUGAAUUGAUUGUCCUCCAUCAAAACUUAAUUUCAUUUUCCAUUUGUAGUGCGAGAAGAUCGGUACAGCAGAAGAAGCACAAGAGAUAUUUUCUUUUGUUGUAGAUACAAUGGAAGCAGCAAUAAAAGGUUGGCAGAACUCUGCGAAAGUCGACCCUAGGGGCCAUUUCCUUCUUGACAAAGAGAAGACACAGACUGACAAAUAUGCACCUGUGGUCAAUAUUGACAAGGUAAUACACCGAUCUGGUUGAUGUAAGAUUGGUUCGAUUGGCUCUUCAUUCAGAUGUCAGAAGGGGAUUCAAGCCAUUUGUGAUAUUACCAUUAUUUUGAUGCUCCAAUUUUUGUUGCUCUAAUAGAGCAUAUUUGACUGAAUUUAGUUGCCAUAUCAGCUCUACAUAUUGAGAUGUUCAUAGCACAUAGCUCACAGUUUGUUGCCUGGGCAGUGGAUUCCUUAGUAUUAGUACGAAGUCUUGUUUGUGCAUUUGACAGGAAAUAAAUUAAGAGUAAGCCCUUGUUUCAGCUCAUCUGGUUGAAACAUGUUUUCCUAAUGGUUAAUCGUGGUAUCUUUGAAGUUACUUCAGCUUCAUUUUUCCCAGUUCACCCAUCUUCUCAACGAAUUUCAUCACCUGGCGCACACUCAUCUUUGCACUCAUAUCACUUUUUGGUGUGAAUUUUCUCUGCCCGUACUUCGUGUGAAUUGGCCGAACAACAUCUACAUCUUCUGCAGGAAAAGAGAGAAGAAAAGAUGUGUGGAUGCCUGAGCAUCUCUUCUUGGUUGUUUAGAUUUGCAUCUGAAUUUCGCUUAUAUUUAGUUAGCUGUAACCUACUGUUCUUCUUGGAAGGUUAGGAAAGAAAUAAAUUGAUUCUGGCGUAUAUCUUCUUUCUUUGUUUUGGGAUUUCUAUCUGAAAGCUAACUAUUUUAUCAAGUAUAAAAACUUCAGAUCAUAACAAUACAAGAGAGCCGAUAAAGAACUAGAUAUCGGAUCAUGACCUUUAUCUCAAAUAUUACAUGUUAUCUAAAACGGGAGAGUUUUUAAUACUUAAUGUUGUAGUGAUAUUCUGUCAACUCUUAAAAAAAAGUAUGAUCCUUCGAUGAGAAUUUGGCGGCACUGCAAUCUUAUUAGGUGAAAAGGAUCAGUAGCUUUGUCUGAGUAGAUUGGUUUCACACAAAGGAGUGAAAGAAAUUAGCCCCACAGGGGUUGUAUGAUUUCUUCUUGGUUGGUGACUGGGAAUCUUUGCCAAGAAUCAUAUUCCUCUGAGUAGACCGGCAUCAAGCAUUUAUAAAGUUCACGAGGUUACUUGAUGUGCCCCAUUUAUUUCAGGCACAUGGCGAUCUGGGGCAUCCUCAUGAAUGUACUGAGUGAUUUAUGUCAACGAGCAAUUGCAGGACAGAAAGGGCUAAACCAAAUCUUUGGAACUGACUUGGGGCUGUGUGGCUUUGGCUUUGAGGUUUUGCUCAGUUUGGGACCAAUAUUUUGCUGAUUGGGUGGGUUUUCAUGGGUUGAAACGAGACCUGGCAAGAUGUUGUGUGAUCUUUUUUUUUUUCUGCAUUGCCCAAAGUGCAUGUGUUUUCUAAAACUAGUCAAUGCGACUUUGACUUUGUGCUCGUUUAUUUUCUCACUUCUUCUAUCAAUUUUUUCCUGUUGCCAGGCAUUUGAAUCCCCUCAUACACAUGGCAGCUGUUUCUCCUUCUUACGGCAGUAUGCAGAUGACUCUUUUUCUCGGGCCGCAUGCAUAGUUGUUCCCAAAAGCAUCAUAUCCUAUCCGCAGGUACAAUCUUGAGUUCUAUCCUCCACUUGGCUUGGAUCCAUAUUCAUAUCAUCCGUUUCUUUCCAGUUUUAGGCUACAUACAUUUAUGUCAGAAAUCAUCGUCAAUGGCCUUCUUUGACGCUCUAUUAAUUCUCUCCUAUGAUGAGUUCCUUCUUCAACCUCGUUCAUUCUAUACUCCUCGUUGUUGUGCGACAGUCAAACACAGGCUUUCUAUUUUUCAAGUUCUCUGGGGUGGAAGCACCCGGAAGUCAAACACAUACUUCUGUGCGGUGAGUUCUUGACCAUGAUGGGCUUUGGGUCAAAUGCCAUGUAGGUGUGGAAAGGACAAGGAUCGAGGAAGUGGAAGCACGGGCAUUCUGAUGGCUUCUUUGUGCAGUUUGAGUCCCCCGUCCUGCGGAAGCUGUGGUUCAUCCCAAGUUCAACUGAGAAGGGCCUGAUAUUGUGCAAGUAACUACUUAUCCUUACGUCUGUUUACAUCCCUAAUUGCUGCAUUGAUUGACACAUUGAGCUAUCUACACUGGUAAUGGUGGAAAAACCUGAUCCACAUUCCUGUGCCUGCGCCAUCUUCUUUUCCCACUCUUGUUUCCAUAUUGUCGUGAAAAACUCGGUUUCCAUGAACCUGCACUUGACUUGAUUAAUUAAAUUGUCCCUCAUCAUUACUUCCGUUUUAUCUUACGUGGGUCGAGACUCUUCCAAGAUCAUCUGUAUGACUAAAAAGAAAAAAAAAUCUCCUGUUUCAGGGAUCCUGAACCAUUGGAUGCGAGUGCCCACGAAGUUCUUCCCCGUUUGUUCAAGGAUAGGACUAAGAAUGAUGGCUGA